UCUUAUACCACUCCAAGCUCAACCAGUCUUCCUCCACAUCUCAUAGUACUCCACCAUCACUCGUUCUGCAAACUAGCUAGCUAGCUAGUAGUAUGGCAUCCACGAAGAACAUCCAGCAGCUGACGCUCUCGGAGGAGGCAGGCGCGUGCGCCUUACGGCUAGCGAGCAGCUGCGCUCUCCCCUUCACCCUCAAGGGCGCUAUCGAGCUGCGGCUACUCGACAUCAUCGUCGAGGCCGGCCCGGGCGCCAUGUUGAGCCCGGUUGAGAUCGUUGCCCGGCUGCCGACCGAGAACCCGCAGGCGGCCACGAUGGUGGACCGAAUGCUCCGCUUGCUCGCCGCCAACACUGUCGUCAGCUGCACCGUCCAAACUGGAGCCGAUGGCCGCCCAACGAGGAAGUACGGCGCAGCUCCAAUCUGCAAGUACCUGACCAAGAACGAGGAUGGUGUGUCCAUGGCUGCUUUGGCUUUGUUGCUGCAGGAUAAGAUCUUUGUUGAUACAUGGCACCAUUUGAAGGAUUCGGUCCUGGAGGGUGGCAUCCCUAUGAAGACUGCCCACGGGAUGUUCCUGUUCGAUUACACGAGUUCUGAUCCAAAGUUCAGCACGGUGUUCAACGAGGGCAUGGGGGCCACUCCAGCAUCAUCAUCAAGAAUCUACUCCGUGUCUACAGUGGCUUCGACGACAUGGAGGGGCUCGUCGAUGUCGGUGGCAAUGACGGUGCAACCCUCCAAAUGAUCACCUCCAGGCACCCGCACAUCAAGGGCAUCAACUAUGACCUACCUCAUGUUAUC